AUGUCAGUCUUCCGCUCCUCAGCCCACGCUCUCAUCACAGGCGGCGCAUCCGGCGUCGGCUACUCCGUUGCCCAACUCUGUCUAAAGCACUCAAUGCGUGUCUCCAUUGUUGAUUUCAACCAAUCAUCACUCGACAUUGCGGGCAAGAGCUUGAAAGGCGAGGUCAAACUCAUCAAAGCAGACGUAUCCUCACGCCAAGACUGGGCAUCAAUUCGCGAACAAGUUGGCACAGAUGUCGACUUCCUUAUGCUCAAUGCCGGAAUAGGCGGAAGAGGAACAUGGGGCGACGAAGAUUACUUUGACAAGAUCUUGGCUACGAAUCUAGGUGGUGUGGUCAAUGGACUCAACGCAUAUGUUCCUUCGUUCAAAGAGAGAGACGGGAGAGGGCCAUCAGCGAUCGUGAUCACGGGCAGUAAACAGGGUAUUACGAACCCACCUGGUAACGCCGCAUACAACGCUAGUAAAGCAGCUGUGAAAACUCUCGCUGAGCACCUGAGCUACGACCUGAAAGAUACUAGUAUUGGUGUUCAUUUGUUGGUUCCGGGGUGGACGUUCACUGGUCUCUCCGGAAACACACCCGGCUCUGAAAAAGCGAAGCCAGAAGGCGCGUGGUCAGCCGACCAAGUUGCAGACUACAUGUACGCCAAGAUGCAGGACAAGAAGUUUUACAUCAUCUGUCCGGACGACCAAGUUACAGAGGAGACGGAUAAGAAACGUAUGCUAUGGAGCGUGGGAGAUAUCGUGAAUGAAAGGCCGCCGUUAACGAGGUGGAGAGAUGAGUACAAGGAGGAGGCGGAAAAGUGGAUGAAAGAACAGAAGGUGUAG